ACUGGAGAGAGACCAGACUCUCACUCUGACAAGAGUCCUUCAGGGGAACCAGACCCAGGGAAGAGUCCUUCAGGGGAACCAGACCCAGGGAACAGUCCUUCGGGGGAACCAGACCCAGGGAAGAGUCCUUCGGGGGAACCAGACCCAGGGAAGAGUCCUUCGGGGGAACCAGACCCAGGGAAGAGUCCUUCGGGGGAACCAGACCCAGAGACGGCCAAACCAGUAGGACGACACUGCUGCUCCCACUGUGGAAGGAGAUUUACCAAGUUAUACAACCUAAAAGAGCACGAGAGGACACACACAGGAGAAAAGCCUUUCCAAUGUUCCCAGUGUGGAAAGAGUUUUAGCCGGUUAGACAGCCUGAAAAUGCAUGAGAGAAUCCACUCUGGAGAGAAGCCUUACCAAUGCUCCUGUUGUGUAAUGAGUUUUUCACGAUCACAGGCCCUCAAAAGGCAUGAGAGGACACACACAGGAGAAAAGCCUUUUCAAUGCUCCCAGUGUGGAAAUAGUUUUACCCUGUUGGCACACCUGAAAUCACAUGAGAGGACACACACAGGAGAAAAGCCUUUCCAAUGUUCCCAGUGUGGAAAGAGUUUUACCAGGUUAAGGACCCUAAUUAGGCAUCAAGGAAUACACAAAGAAGGAAGGAAGACCUUCCAUUGCUCUCAGUCUGGAAAGAGUUUUACUGAGUUAUGGGGUGUGAAAAUGCAUGAGAGAAUUCACUCUACACACAGAGGAGAAAGGCCUUUCCAAUGCUCCCAAUGUGGAAAGCGUUUUACCCAGUUAGGGAACCUGAAUUUACAUAAAAUAAUUCACUCCGGAGAUAAGCCUUACCACUGCUCUCAGUGUGGAAAAAGCUUUAUCCGGUCAUGCCAUCUCAAAGAGCAUGAGAAAACACACACAGGAGAAAAGCCCUUCCAAUGUUCCCAGUGUGGGAAGAGUUUUGCUCGGUUAUGGAACCUAAAAGAGCAUGAGAGGAUACACACAGGAGAGAAGCCCUACCACUGCUCUCAUUGUGGAAAGACCUUUUCCCGAUUAAGGGAACUGAAAUCCCAUUACAUUUCACACACUCUUAUCCAGAGACAAUAACAAUUGGUGAAUUCACCUUAAGGUAGCUAGGUGAGACAACCACAUAUCACAGGCAUAGUAAGUACGUUUUCCCUUCAUAAAGUAGUUCUCAGCUAAGUCAGUGCUAGUAGGAAAAGACAAGUUCAGGUCAGAUUUAUUGAAGAUUCUCUUUGAAGAGGUAUGGUCAUCGUGGUUUUCGGGAAGAUAGGCUGGGACUCUGCUGUCCUGACAUUAGGGUUCCGUUAUUGGGGUACCAGGACAGAGAAGAACUUUGACUGGGAUGAUUGGGAGUUGGUGAGAGGGCCAAGAGACCAGAGAUGGCAUAACGGAGUGGUUGGGUAGGGUAGGGAGGGGCAGUUCCCUUGUAUGCACCAGGGUCUUGAAGUGGAUGCGAGCUUUGACAGGAAGCCAGUGGAGUAUGUAGAGGAGCGGGGAGACAUGGGAGAUCUUGGGGAGGUUGAACACCAGGCGGGCUGCGGCGUUCUGGAUAAAUUGUAGGGGAGCCCAGCCAACAGAGAGACAAAUGCCUGGAUUAGGACCUGCACUGCUUCCUGUGUGAGGUAGGGUUGUAAUCUACGGAUGUUGCAGAGUAUGAGCCUGCAGAAGUGAGUCAUUGCUUUGAUGUUUGCAGAAAAUGACAGUCUUGCCAAGGUUCGUUGCACAUGAGAGAAUAAAGAAGCUAUGUUCUCUCAUGUUUUUUUGACUGAGAAUUUGUGUUUUUGUUUAUGCCGCAUGAAAUCAAAUUGUGUGAAUGAAAUCAUACAACAAAAUGGCUACUUUUGUUUUACAAUGUUCUAAUUUGCUUUUUAUUUUAAUUAAUAACAGAUUGAUUGUAACUGAUUGAUUGCAUACAAGUAUGAACUGCCAGCUGUUCAUUAAAUGAUUUGGAUAUUGCAAAUUGUAAACUACUAAAUAGAUUAAUGGCAUUUUCUUGAUUCUAACUUUGAAACCUGUUAAAUGUUUUUGUUUUGUUUCAUUUAAAUAAUGAAGAUGUAUGAAAAUGUGACAACGUUUUGAAAACAUUGAUACGUUUUUUUUACAUUAAAAACAUUCACAAGGUCA